AUGAAUAUUUUAAAUAUCAAAUCAUUAUCGUUAAUAUUAUUAGUGUUUAGCAGUACCGCCUACUCUCAAAAUGGUUUAUCACCUUGUGGAGUUGCAUCUGCUAUAUGGAAUGCUCAAUACUCGAGUUGGUCCGAUGGACAAGGUGCCUGUACGUUACCAAAGCCUACUGAUAUAGGUGUAGCCGGACUGAACACCAACUACUUCUCAAAACUAACUGGAUCUGGAAUGUGUGGCGCUUGUUUCAACUUAACUGGCCCUGCUGGAUCCACAAUUGUUAAGGUUGUUGACAGUUGUAACUCAGUGGACCUUUGUCUUCAGACUCAACAUGCUCAUUUUAUCGUAUCACCAGAGGACUAUUUCAAGAUCAAUGGUGAGAAUAAGGCCACUAUGUAUAACGUUGGCUAUCAACUCGUCACCUGCCCAGCCCUUGAUGACUUCAAAGUUACCUUGAGCGGUGCCACCGAUACCAAUGAUUUCACUUACUACUUCAGCGCCACAAUCAGUGGUUUCACCGUCCCAAUCAAGACUGUUGAGGUCACUGUAGGUGGGGUCUACUCAUCGAUGAAGUACCAAGGUGGAAUAUGGGUCUGGAACAAAGUUAACACAGGAUUUACCUUUCCCUCAACAAUGAGGAUAACAACUCAAACAAUGCAACAAAUUCUGUUCUCUGCUCAAUCCGGCUCAAGAGUUCUUCCAAACUUUAAUCAGACAGCAAUCCAGGACACCUGCCCCAUGCCAGUAACACCUACCUACAUCUACCAGAAUGCCCUUGCAGCAGGUUGGGUCGAUGGAAGUUGGUUCGCAGUGGAGAGCAAUCUAAAGGACCACACAAUAUCAUCAGGAGCUAACAUUCUAAAGGGACUAUCACCAUGGGGAGGAGUCAAGUUGAUCAACGCAGAGCAGUUCUCCACAGUUGGUCUAAAGUACUUGGUAUUCGACGCCUUGUCAAACAUUUCCAAUGCCCAAGUGACAAUCUUCUUCCAGGGUGACCACAACUCUACCGUUGUUUUGGAGUCUGAAACAUUUGCCUCGUACAACGUCUCUGUCAAGGAUCUGAUUGUGUCUACUGAUGACCUUGUUAACUCAAUAUCUUUCCAGAACAACCAGCCCACAUCCAUCAAGCUCCUUCUGGCCAACAUCAGAUGGGUAUAUGAGACCAAUGUUACAGUUCCUCCAGGAGUAGUGACUAUCCCCGUGAUCAAACCAUCUACCUCUACUACCGCUGGUUCGACCUCUGGAUCAGCAGGAGCAACUACCACAGCUGACAUUACUACUGCGUCGACCACUGCCUCAAUGACCACAACUACUGGUGAUGUAGAGGGAUCCAAUCCAAGUGGAUCAUCACAAGAGGGAUCUUCUUCUGGACAUCACUUGUCCCCUGUUGCUUUAUUGUGGAUGGUAUCAAUGUUGUUGACAUCAGCAUUGAUGUAA